AGCAACUCAGCGCAACGCCAUGGCGCAAAGAACGACUGUCCGGACGACCUACGAAGUCGAGCGCACGUUGCAGCCCAUCUACUCUGGUGGAAGCAUAGCGCUUAGUGAAGACGGGCGCAUCUUGGCCGCAUGCCUGGAGGAAGAGGUAGUGCUCACAGAUCUUUCCACUGGGAAGGAGCUGGCGAGAGCAGAGGGCGAUGGCGAGGCCAUCACGUCUUUGGCUCUAACCCCCUCCGCAUCCCACCUUAUUGUGUGUUCGCGGUCGCUGUCGAUGCAGAUAUAUGCCCUGCAGCCCUCGGAAACGAACGAUGAAGGGAUAGAACUCGAGCUUCUUCGAUCGCUGAAACCGCAUACGGGUCCCGUGGUAACACUCGCUGUUGACAGCACAGGCACGCUUGUGGCAACCGGUGGUGCAGAUGGCGUUGUCAAGAUUUGGGACAUUCGCGCAGGAUACACCACACAUACUUUCCACGGCCAUGGCGGCGUUGUUUCGGCGCUACAUCUCUUCCAGGUCGAGGUGGCAGCGAAAGCCGACACUGCAGAUAGCGGCAAGAAGAGGAAGAGGAGCAAGUCGCAACAGAGAGCUGAAGAGGCACAAGGAGAAAGCACGCUGGAAUACCGAUUAGCUUCUGGUGCUGAAGAUGGCAAGAUUCGUGUUUGGGACCUGCACAAGAAGAAAAGCAUCGCAGUGCUGGAUUCGCACGUCUCCGUUGUGCGCAGGCUGCAGUACUCGCCAGAGGAGAAGGUGCUGGUGUCAGGAAGCAGAGACAAGACACUGAUACUCUGGACGUCAGAAAAAUGGAAGCAACAGCGAACAAUCGCAGCGUUGGAAGGUAUUGAGAGUGCAGGCUUCCUUGCAAACGGGCAGAUUGUGUACUCCGGUGGAGAGCAUGGCAAUGUUCGACUUUGGUCGACAGCGACCGGCCAGGAGCUGACUCGGGAGCAAGAGCCUGGGAACGAGACCGACGAGAUUGUCAACAUCCUCUACUACCCCUCCCUCCCUUACCUGAUCUCAGUCCAUGCUGAACAGGUCCUCAACUUCCAUUCGCUGAAAUCCGUCGAGCCGCCCUUCGUCGAGGAGACUAUCGAGCCACUGUCCGUCUUUCGACGCGUAUCUGGCACACACGACGAGGUUAUCGACAUCGCCUAUGUUGGACGAGACAGAUCGCUUUUAGCCUUGAACACCAACUCAGAAGACAUCCGGAUAGUCACAUUGAAGGAAGACGUUGCGGAAGGGACAUACUUUGGUGCGGAUGUUGGAGUACUAGAGGGACACGAAGACAUUGUCAUCUGUCUGGACGUGGAUUGGUCAGGCCAUUGGCUUGUCACGGGUGCCAAAGACAAUACCGCACGGUUAUGGCGGUUGGAUCCCGGGAACAACUCGUUCGAGUGCGCAGCUAUACUCACUGGCCACGCGGAAUCUCUUGGAGCCAUUGCUCUUCCUCACACGGUGCCCCAGGAGUCUUCGGCCGCAUUCACAGAUCCCCUGUCACAUCCGCCAGCAUACAUUGUCACAGGUUCGCAAGAUCGAACAGUAAAGCGAUGGGAUAUCACUAAAGAUACAAAGAAGCUGCGCGCAAAGUACACGCGGAAGGCUCACGACAAAGACAUCAAUGCCAUUGAUAUUGACACUUCAGGCACCCUCUUCGCGUCAGCAUCGCAGGACAGAACAGUCAAGAUCUACUCCGCAGCAGAAGGCGAAGCCGUUGGUGUACUCAGAGGACAUCGCCGUGGUGUCUGGACCGUCAAGUUCGCACCGAAGACAUCACAAGCUCCCAAUUCUGGCAGCAAGGGUCUGAUAGCCACAGGAAGUGGAGACAAGACAGUCAAGAUCUGGAGUCUGUCAGACUACUCAUGUUUACUCACCCUCGAAGGCCACUCCAACAGUGUUCUUAAGCUCACAUGGCUACCCUACCGACCUGUCGAUGCGCGCGACAAGCGCGGUCCACAGGUAGCAUCCGCUGCCGGUGACGGUCUCGUCAAAAUCUGGGACGCAUCAUCCGGCGAAUCCAUGUCCACUCUCGACAACCACGAAGACCGCGUAUGGGCCCUCGUCGCCCACCCCGAAACAGGCGCCCUAGUCUCCGGAGGCGGAGACAGCGUCAUCACAUUCUGGAAAGACACAACAACUGCAACACUAGAAGCCGCUACAACAGCCGAAACGGAGCGUAUAGAACUCGACCAAAAACUACAGAACUACACAUAUUCGGGCAACUACCGCGAAGCCAUUACUCUGGCACUACAGAUGGACCAGCCAGGCCGCCUCUUCGCUCUUUUCAAAUCUGUCGCCGAGACAGAACAGCCAGAUGAGGGAAGCAUGUCCGGCCUUGCCACUGUCGAUGACGUCCUAGCCAACCUUGCAGAUGAACAACUCUACAAACUCCUCUUGCGCCUGCGCGACUGGAACACCAAUGUCCGGACUGCUCCUGUAGCGCAGAAGAUCCUCUGGACAGUCGUCAAAUCAUAUCCUGCGUCGAGACUUUCCACCUUACAGCCCAAGGGUAAGGUUGGAGCGAAGGGCGGUCUGAAGGAUGUACUUGAUGCGAUACGUGCGUACUCGGAGAGGCAUUACAAGAGGGUCGAGGAGUUGGUUGAUGAAAGCUAUCUUCUGGAUUUUACGCUCAGGGAGAUGGAUGAGGUUGGUGAUGUCAAGGCUGUUACGAAUGGGACGUCGAGGUUGGGCUUGGACCGUGAUGUGGUUAUGGCCGAGUAAGGUGC